AUGCCUCAAUGUCUGCAAUGCGGGAAUUGCAAGAGGAACGACAACAACUUUUGCGAGACGCUUAGCCUUACCAACUUCUUUGCCGAUAUGGGCGACGGUACCUCCAGGUUCACAUGCAAAGGCCAAAAGGUCUCGCACUUCUUCGGGACCUCGACGUUCAGCGAGUAUACGGUCGUCAAAGCGACAAUGUUGGCCAAGAUAGAUUCGGCAGCUCCGAUGGAAAAGGCGUGCCUGGUCGGCUGUGGAUUCACGACAGGUUUUGGCUCGGCGAUGAACUCGGCUGAGAUUCGUCCUGAUGAUAGCGUGGCCGUAUUCGGGGCUGGUUGCGUAGGGCUUUCGGCUAUGCAUGGAGCGCAAAAUGCCGGUGCCAAGGAGAUCUUCGCCAUCGACAUCAACCCCGACAAGGAGAAAAUUGCUCGUGAAAUGGGAGCAACAGGGUUUGUGAAUCCUAAGGAUUGCCCCGAGGGGAAGCCGUUUGCUGAGUGGUACAUCGAAAAAUUUGGACACGUCGACAGAGCCAUUGAAUGUAUUGGGAAUAUCGAUUGCAUGAAAAAUGCUGUCUACAUCACGAAACCGGGCUGGGGCCGCACGGUAAUUGUCGGGCUUGGCGCCCCCGGCAAGGAGUUCAGCAUCAACCCACUAGUUUUCCUGGAACGUAAGACGAUUUUGGGCAGCUGUUAUGGAGAUUACCGCGUGCAAGACGCGCCAAAACUCGUUGAAAAGAUCCAGACCGGCGCCAUCAAUAUUGAUCCGCUGAUCACGCACCGUUUCGAGUUGAAAGAUGUAAACCAGGCCGUCGAGCUGCUGAAGCAGGGGAAAUGCAUCCGUUCCGUCAUCUCCCUGGCCCGGCACGAG